CUUAUCGCCUGCAUGCUAAUCCUGGAGCUCGGGCUGGGUACAGCAAGCAUUGUACAUUUUAACACGUUGACAUGGUGUUCUUCUGGUUCAGCUAACAGUGCCUGUCUGGGUAUGAACCAAUAUCAUAUUCCCAUUACCUGUCUUAUUUGUGAAGAACCAAUGUAGCAGCAAUUUCCAUUGGGAUUCAUCUGUAACAGUUGACGACACGCUGUUCAGAUCUGUGUUGUGUUCGCAAACAUCCGUUCACUUAAUUCCCUAACAACAAAAACUCUAUUACCUCCAACCUUCAAAGUCACAGCUUCCAAGGAUAUUAGUUAAACCACUAUGCUCCUUCGCGGGGCGGCUUUUCUGCUGCUCUGUCUAUUUGUGCAGGUCAUAUUAUGUGCUGAAGAUUAUUACAAGGUCCUGGGCUUAGAUCGCAAUGCAAAUGACAAGCAGAUCAAGUCGGCAUACCGGAAACUGAGCAAGAAAUUCCACCCAGACAAGAACCCCGGCGACAACACGGCGCAAGACAAGUUUGUCGAGGUUUCCGAAGCCUACGAAGCCCUCAUCGAUCCCGAGUCGCGCAAGAUCUACGACAGAUAUGGACACGAAGGGUUAAAACAGCGCCAGCAGGGAGGCGGCGGCCACCACGACCCAUUCGACCUAUUCAGUCGGUUCUUCGGAGGUGGCGGCCAUUAUCAGCGGGGCCAGCCUCGUGGUCACAACAUCGAGGUCAAGAUUGGACUUGCUCUUCGGGACUUCUACAACGGCCGCGAGACCGAGUUCCAGUGGGACAAGCAACAGAUCUGCGAGGAGUGCGACGGUACUGGCUCUGCUGAUGGUGUUGUCGACACGUGUCCCCACUGCCAUGGCCAUGGCGUCCGCAUCAUCAAGCACCAACUAGCCCCAGGCAUGUUCCAACAGGUCCAGACACAAUGCGACGCCUGCGGUGGACGGGGCAAGUCGAUCAAGCACAAAUGUCCAGUCUGUCAGGGCAACCGAGUUGUUCGCAAGCCCACGACGGUCACGCUCAACGUGGGACGAGGAGCACCUAGGGACAGCAAGAUUGUAUACGAAAACGAAGCGGACGCCAGUCCAGACUAUGUUGCUGGCGACCUGAUAGUGACCCUUACCGAGAAAGAGCCCGAUAUGGAGAAUGAAAAUCCAGAUCACGUCGACGGCACGUUCUUCCGACGGAAAGGUGAUGAUCUGUUCUGGACAGAAGUCCUGUCAUUACGCGAGGCUUGGAUGGGUGACUGGACUCGUAAUCUUACCCACUUGGAUGGCCACGUUGUGAGACUCGGGCGAAAACGCGGCGACGUCGUACAACCCGGUCAUAUUGAUACCAUCCAGGGCGAGGGAAUGCCGAUAUGGAGCGAGGAGGGGGAUUCAGUGUACCACAAGUACGAGUUCGGCAAGCUAUACGUCCAAUAUGUCAUAGUCCUCCCCGAUCAGAUGGAGUCAGGCAUGGAGAAGGAAUUCUGGUCCGUUUGGCAGAAAUGGAGGGGAAAGGUCGGCGUAGACCUGCAUAAAGACAGUGGUCGACCGGAUGAGCCGAUAGUGACCUCUAUACAUGAUGAGUUAUGAAUGUGACAUAGUAGAUAAAAUGAUAGAAAGGAUAUAAUAAUCCAAUAUGAAUUGCAAACUUA